CUUCAGCAGGCCAGCCUGGCCGGCAGUCACACCGCUCCAGGUGCAGCUGGCAGCACGAAGAUGGCGGGGCAGCGGCGAGGCGCAGGGGCCCUGUGGGUGCUGGGCAGCUCGGCGCUGGGGGUGUGCCUCGCGGGGGUCGCCGGGCAGCUGGUAGAGCCCAGCACGGCACCGCCCAAGCCCAAGCCACCCCCGCUGACCAAGGAGACCGUGGUAUUCUGGGACAUGCGCCUGUGGCACGUGGUGGGCAUCUUCUCGCUCUUCGUGCUGUCCGUCAUUAUCACUCUGUGCUGCGUCUUUAACUGCCGUGUGCCACGGACCCGGAAGGAGAUUGAAGCCCGGUACCUGCAGCGGAAGGCGGCCAAGAUGUACACGGACAAACUAGAGACAGUGCCACCGCUCAAUGAACUCACAGAAAUCCCCGGAGAGGACAAGAAGAAGAAGAAGAAGGACAGUGUGGACACAGUGGCCAUCAAGGUAGAGGAGGAUGAGAAGAACGAGGCCAAGAAGAAGAAAAGCGAGAAGUGAGAGCUUCCUGGGGUGGCAGUGGGACUGGCGGGCUCUGUGCCCGAGGCCCGGCCAGAUCCAGGCACCUGAGACUCCAGACUCAUCAUGGACCACUGAGGCUGCAGAACAUCCUCUCCCUGCUCAGGGCAGGAGGCAGGAUGGGGAGGCCCACGGCUGCACCUUCACACCCCUCGGGGGGGGGGCCCGAGACUGCCCCGUGUCCCGCUUCCCAGCCUAGGCGCCAUUCCGUUCACCCAGGCGGUUGCUCCAUAGAGCAGAGCUUGGGCCACUGUCCUCUGCAUAUCUAGAGCGGCUUCACACCCACCCAGACAUGCGUCUGUCCCACCCUCUGCCAGGAAGAGCAUUGGCUUUAAAAGAGUAAUGGGAUGUGGGGCCCCUUCUGGAAGGGGCUGGCUGAACUAGGGGGCUGAGCUAAAGCCACACCCAAACUGGCCACAAGGAGGGAGGGGUCAUGGGGGAAAACUAUGGCAUCAGAAGGUUCUCACCUCAUCUACAGGGGUCUGAACCAGGAAGCUAGGCAGAAGUGGUCAGAGAAGCAGAAGCCUCAGCCCAGCAGAUCCCAAGCUCCAGGCAAUGGGAUGCCCUUAUUUUACACCUUGUGAUGAAGCUGAGCUUGCCGAGAAGCCUAGACUAGGCCCUGGGGGUAUAGGGCUGGGGGGCUACAGGAGUGAGUGAGGUGUGCAGGAGGCUGAGACCAGCAGGCGAGAGGGAGAAUGGGUAAAGCUGGGUCCUUGGUUCCUUCUUGCCUUCUUGGGGACCCAGGGAGUAUGUGAAGCCAAGGGGAGAUGUCGGGAUGGGGGUCGGGGGGCCAUGGGGACCAUCACAGGCACAAGCUGGGGGUUGAGGCCAUGACCAGCCUGCCACCAGCUGAGCGUAACAUCAUGCAGCUCCCUGUCCUGUUGCUCUCGAAAAAAGUCCCCAUGAAGCAAGCUGACCAGAAGGCCAGGGCCCAAACAUCACCUAGGACUCAGUCCUCAGGCAGGAGCUUCCAGAUGGCAGCAAAUACAGGCUCCUUAGCUCAGACCUGGGGCUGAAACUGGGGAGUCAGUAGGGGAGGUUUCUGAGCCAAGGGGAGUGCUGAAAAAGCUGGAGCUAUGAGCUAAGCCUGCAGAGACUUGUAAAUAAAGCCGAGUGCCU